UAAUAAUUGCCAUUGUGAUCUGCGAAUUAUACACAUAUAACAUAAGAAUUGUCCCACUGACAUUUUAUGCAGGUUACUGGACAAGUCCAUUUAUCUUAUUUACUGCAGUAAUUUAUUCUAUUGAAAAAAGUAGACAAGAUGGAAAAUUUUACAAACUAGCCAUAUCCUUCGCUUUAUUCAGCUUGCUUGUAUGUUUGAUCGGUAUUAUGCUCUCGUUAUUUACAAUAUAUUGGAUUAUUGACAUCAUAGAUGCACAAGUUUAUUAUGAAUAUCGGGUAGAAAUCAUUGUUCAAACUGCAUUGCUUAUUUUGGCUAGUGGAAUAUGUCUAAUGGAUGUUUUCUCACUGACAUGUUGUUGCUGUUCAAAUGUUUCAACCGUAUCAAAAGACACAAUUACUCACCAAAAUAAUUUGAGAACUCAUUCGAAAAAUACACAACAAUCACCAACUCAACUUACUAAUGUCACAGAUCCUUUACAACUGCAUUCUUACCCCCAAGGAUAUCAGGUAAAUCAAGGUUAUGAUCAGAAUUAUAGUCAACCUAAUAACUUCCCACCACCUUAUAGUUAAUAGCAGGAACCUUAAAAUACAUUCAGUUAUAAACAUCUUUACUGUAAAG